AUCAUCAACCAGAACCACAUUAAAGACGUGCUGCCUUGACUUUAUUAUUAUUUAUCAAUUACAAUCUUUUUUUCAUUCAUUUGUCUCUCCUGAUUGAAAUGUUUUAUUAUUCCAACGCAGUAAAUAAUCUUAAAAAAAUACACUUUUUACACAGAUUUAAGUCAAUUUUGUCAGAAACUGUUUUAGGAAAGUACUGAGUCUUUGAAACAAAAGUGUAUAUCUGUGACUCUCUAAAAUAUUUCAUAUUAAGUCUUUUUCCAAUGGGCUUGGUGCUGUGUCACAAACAGGGAAGAGAACCAACUAACACAUCGUUGGAUUAGUUUAGUUCACAGGAGUCACAUCUAUAAAAUAUAUUUGCAACAUUUCUAGUUUGUCAUUAACUCAGAAUUUGACUUUAUGAUUUCCCAUCACGUGUGUGACCCAGUGGAGAAGCUAUGUGCUAUAAAAACAGCCGUAAAAACUGUCGCAUCAUAUUUUAGUUGCGGCUAUAAAAACAUGUCACGUCACAACAACAACAAAAAAGAAUGAAAACAGAAAAUAUAAAACAGAAAACAGACGGAGAAAGCCUGCUUGCAAUAACAUGUGCCAAAGUCCCCGUCCUCAGUCUAACUCCAACACAAUCCCACACUGAGCAAACAUGUACACACACUCACACACACACACACACACACACACACACACACACACACACACACACACACACACACACAGCUAUUAUAAUACAUGUUUGUAUAUUCCAAACAGUCUCAUCUGGUCACCUAUCAACCACAUAACAAGUUUUUCUUGGUCACUCAUUACCUCCUGACGGCAAUAAAGCCGACACACCCAGAGCUACCAUGGGCAAAAGGUUAAACCAUAAAACUACUCUUCAUGUGAAACAGCACACACUCACGAGCACCAACACACCCAGGUAGUAAACGAGGCCAAUGCCCAGACCUCGCCUGAUUGGUUUGGUUUGACGAGUGAUGUCAUCUCUUAGGAGGGCCUGACCCCUCGGUCAUAAAACAAUGCACAGAUAAGGGUCCUCGACUGCCGGAGAGCAGAAGAACAGAGGGUAACGACGUCUGAGCGGAGAGUUUGUGGAGGAAGCACACGUCGACAAAUCAACUCUUCUGGAUUCGGCAGCGGGCGCUCGUAGCCGCAGACGAGGAGGGGACGCACCUGGCGGGAAAAAGAGGGUCGACCGAGUGUAGAGCUGGACGGGCGAAAGCAAGAAGAACCAACGGAGGACAGGGAAGCAAGGAAAACCGAGGGAAAGAGAAACUCAGAUAAAGAGUAACCGAGACGAGAGGAAGGACUCAUAAGAGCUUUUUAUCCAAGAGGAGGAACGCCUGUCCGAUUGCACGAUGGUGUCUCUGGGACUUGAACUGGUCGGCGUCAUUCUCUCGGUGCUCGGCUGGGUGCUGUGUGUGGUCAGCUGCGCCUUGCCGAUGUGGAGGGUCUCGGCCUUCAUUGGCUCCAACAUCGUCACAGCUCAGGUGUACUGGGAGGGCCUGUGGAUGAGCUGCGUGUUCCAGAGCACGGGGCAGAUGCAGUGUAAGGUCUACGACUCCAUGCUGGCUUUACCUCAGGACCUGCAGGCCGCCAGGGCGCUCACUGUCGUCUCCAUCAUCAUGGGGGCGGUGUCUCUCCUCAUAUCCAUGGUGGGGGCAAAGUGCACCAACUGCAUCGAGGACGAAGGGGUCAAAGCCAGGGUGAUGGCCGCCUCGGGCGGCGCGUUCAUCACGGUAGCUCUCAUGCAGCUGGUGCCCGUUUCCUGGUCGGCACACACCAUCAUAAUCGAGUUCUACAGCCCACUCAUCCACAGCGGUCAGAAGAUGGAGAUCGGGGUGGCCAUGUCGAUGGGCAUGGAGAUCGUGGGCAUCGCCCUUGGAGUGAUCGGUUUCAUCAUUGCAAUCGUUACGUGCAUCCUGCCCAUGUGGAGGGUGACGGCCUUCAUCGGAGCCAACAUCAUCACAGCUCAGACCAUCUCGGAGGGCCUGUGGAUGAACUGUGUGACCCAGAGCACCGGCCAGAUGCAGUGCAAGAUCUACGACUCCAUGCUGGCCCUGACACCGGACCUGCAGGCCUCCCGAGCGAUGAUGAUCGUCGCCAUCAUCCUCGCGGUGCUGGGGGUCAUGAUUUCCAUCGUCGGCGCAAAGUGCACCAACUGCAUCGAAGACGAGGCGUCCAAAGCCAAAGUGAUGAUCAUCGCGGGAAUCUUCUUUGUCCUCGCCGGCCUUUUGGUCCUCAUCCCCGUUUCCUGGACGGCCACCGUCGUCAUCCAGAAUUUCUACAACCCGCUCCUGAUCAGCGCGCAGAAGAGGGAGCUCGGGGCGUCGAUCUACAUCGGCUGGGGAGCGGCCACCCUGCUCCUGAUCGGCGGCGCCAUGCUGUGCAGCAGCUGCCCGCCCAAGGAGAAGAAGUACAAGCCGCCCCGGAUGGCCUACACCGCGCCGCGCAGCGCCAGUGCAGGGGGAGGGUACGACAGGAAAGACUAUGUCUGAGAGAUGGAUUUGGAAAGCAGGAUGAAAUUAGGAUGGUUGUUGCACACAAGUGUUUUUGUGUGUCUUUGUAUAUAUUUUUUGUCUAAAACCACAGGGUGAACCCCACAAAAAGACUCCGAAAUGAAGAUGUGUGUACAAUGAUAGAAUGUUCUGCUUCGCCUUUGAACUUUAAAGUCUUGCUCCGCUUCAUGCAGCAGGUUUGUCCGGUUAAAGACGCUCCACCUUCCUGUAGAUGGACACGAGAACCGGUUUUCCAGGAAAUACUCGUUGUAUUUAUGCUUUAACUUCGGUGGCAUUUUCUGAAUCUGAAACACCUUCCUCUCGAGUGUGUGUCGCCAUCUCAUUAGCUGUCGGCCUGCUGGUGUCGUGUUUCAGUGAAACCUUUAUUUAAAAUGUUGUGCGCCGCUGACAAGCUCGCUCUCAUUUUACAUAGAUUUGAAUGUGCGAUUGUUCAGUGUGUGUGUGUGUGUGUGUGUGUUUGUGCUUUGCAUGUAUAUUUGCUUAGGAGAGUUUCUACCGAGAUUGAAACUGAAGAUGGAUCCAUGAUACGGCCCCAGGUAGCAACGCUAUCUCCUUCCUCGGUUUUUCCCUGUUUACAGACGGUUUCAGUUGUGAAACAGAGACUUUUCAUGUGUCUAUAUUAUAUGCACAUGUAUUUAAUAUGUCUGUCAUGAAAUGUUUUUUAAAUGUAUUCUGUACACUCCACUGUGUGUGUAAUAGAUUUGUAUUGUUUUUUUGUUUGUACAUCUAUCUUUAUCAUCGGCCUGUAUACCUGCUCUCAAACAAAGAGCCAAAGGUCCAGUGUGUGUGUGUGUGUGUGUGUGUGACAGCCUGAGGCAAUAUGACUAUAGCUGUUUCUACAUCAAAAGGAUGUGUUUUGUGGUUCAUAUUUACCAAAUAUUUCAUCAAUGCAUAUCCAUCUCUUGUUCUUUGGACUUUGUGUUCAGUUUUUUUUUAUACUUUAGUCAUCAAACAUUGUAAAUGAGCGGAUUUAUAAAAUAAAUGCUUGGUUAAAUGUUUCAUAGUAGUGCUUCAAAUGUGUAGAAGAUUUUAAUAAAAGUCAAGCUAAGUAG